AGGCGGCGGCCCAUUAUUUUCGCCAACAUGAAGCUUCGUCGUUCAUUCUCCCCUUCCUGUCACGAUUGCUAAAAUCCUUCUGGCGUUCCACAAGUCCCACUACUAAACCACUUCGGACGCCCGUGGGGAGAAGUCCGCUCCGCCACGAAGGGGAGGGGAGAAUUCAACGCGCCAGGGACGAAGCGCAGAACACGGCCUCUCCCUAGCGGUGCCAGGCGGGCAGCCGUCUCCGGUUCACGCCGCAGCGCGUCUCGUGGGCGGCCUCAAAUCAUGGAGGCUGCGGUUCCGUGAAGAGGAGGAGCAGGAGGGAGGCGGCACGGUAGCCUCAGCUCAGCCCUUCCAGAGAGAGAGAGAGAGAGAGAGGGGGCCUGCUUCAGCCGGUCCCGAGCUUGCUGCCUCCGCCACUCCGAGAGAGCGCGGACGAGUUGUUGCGGUUCGCGCCGGACCCCCUCCCAAGCGCCGCGGCCGCUCGGUUUCUUUCGCAGGUUUCUGCACUAUAAGUGCCUUAUGUAGUCAUUGUACAGCGACAACUUUGUUGUUCUCAUGAUCAUCUCUUGCAGCUAGGUAUUGGCUUUAACCUUACAAAUCAACUGUAGUAGCUGCUUCCUGUAUAUCUGAUUCCAGCAUUUAUAAAACGUGAGAAAAAAUAUUGAACUAAACAAGAAGACUGCUGAAUCUGUAGCUUUUCCUACCUAAUUAACACCAACAAAGAGGAUACUACAGCCUAAAAUGUAUAAAAGAAUGCCAUUGUAUGACAACAAAGUUUUUUUCCUAGUAGCAUGAACGUUGGCCAGAAAUGCUACUGAGCAUGAUUUUUUUGCAGACAAAAGUGUACAAAUGGCAUAUAUUGGUUGAUAACUACAAUGUUCACUGAUAAUAGCUGCUUUGUAUGCAUUGGAUUUUCUUAAGCUACGCCCGGUUUUAUUGAAAGGAACUUCUUGGCUUUCUGGAGUUUUUAAACAGAGGCUAUUUCAUUAACAACUCACAAAAUUGAAAGCAGUUUUACAUCAUGGCUUCAAUUGUUGCUCCAGUGAGAGACACAAAAUGGCUGACGCUAGAAGUGUGCAGGCAGUUUCAGAGAGGGACUUGUUCGCGUUCUGAUGAGGAAUGUAAAUUUGCACAUCCAUCCAAAAGCUGCCAAGUUGAAAGUGGAAGAGUAAUUGCCUGCUUUGAUUCCCUAAAGGGCCGUUGCACGAGGGAGAACUGCAAAUAUCUUCACCCACCAACACAUUUGAAAACUCAGCUAGAAAUUAAUGGUAGAAACAACCUGAUCCAACAGAAAACCGCAGCAGCAAUGCUGGCUCAGCAGAUGCAAUUUAUAUUCCCAGGAGCACCUCUUCAGCCAAUGCCAUCAUUUCAAGUAGGACCAACAAUAGGAUCUAAUCCAGCACUAAACUUUGCACCAUAUUUAACUCCGGUUACUUCUGGGGUUGGAUUAGUUCCUACAGAAAUUGUUCCCACACAAUCUGUAAUUGUUCCUGGAAAUCCUGUCUCUGUCUCUGGAUCAACUACAACACAGAAACUCCUCAGGACAGAUAAACUAGAGGUUUGCCGGGAAUUCCAGCGAGGAAACUGUGCACGGGGGGAAACCGAUUGUCGCUUUGCACAUCCUGCUGACAGCACAAUGAUUGAUACAAAUGACAACACUGUAACUGUUUGUAUGGAUUACAUAAAAGGGCGUUGCCUGAGGGAAAAAUGCAAAUAUUUUCAUCCUCCUGCUCACUUGCAGGCCAAAAUCAAAGCUGCUCAGCACCAGACAAACCAAGCGGCAGUGGUAGCCCAGGCAGCUGCUACAGUCAUGACUCAGUCGACUGCCAAAGCAAUGAAGCGACCUCUUGAAGCAACUGUAGACCUGGCCUUUCCACCUGCUGUCCUUCAUCCUUUACCAAAGAGACAAGCACUUGAGAAAAGCAAUGGUGCCAGUGCUGUUUUUAAUCCCAGUUUCUUGCACUACCAACAGGCUCUUGCUAGUGCACAGUUGCAGCAACAUGCAUCAUUUAUUCCCACAGGGUCAGUUUUGUGCAUGACACCUGCUACCAGUAUUGAUAAUCCUGAAAUAGUGAACAGGAAUGGCAUGGAAUGUCAAGAGGCCUUGUUGAGAACAGCAAAGCAUUGUUACUGUACAUACAACCCUGUCUCUUCCUUAACAGAAUUGCCACAAACUGCAUGCUGAGUAAAGAGACAAGUUUACUUUUGUCCACACUUAAGAGCUAGUGCUGCUAUAUCGUAUAUGAAUAUUAAGAUGGUAUGCUUAGUAUAUUAAAAACUAAUCUAGUUAACUACCUGAUGCCAGCUGUGAUGGUUCAAGACAUAAAAGGGUAAUAUUUUACUUUUAAAAGUUUUAUAUAACACUGUUUACUUCUUAGGAAUAUUGUCUUACCACCAUAAAAUAGUGAAUGUAAGUAGUCCCAUUCAUGUAUCGCAGGGUUCACAGUUUUAUGACUCUUUCAAUGUUAGCAAUAACUGAUUUACAUUGGCCACUAAAUCCAGGAUCUAACUACAUGAAUAGUUUCCCAUGAGAGCUGUUGCUUUGGUUGCAUGUUUCUUAAACUGACCUCCCUGCACCCAGUUUACACAGAGAAAUUCUUUUGAAACUGGACUUUCAAAAGUAUUUUGUAAUGCUGCAAAGGAGAAUCUGGUCCCAGUGAUGUAGGUCAAGGAAAUUUAAAAACAAGAUACUUUGGGAUAUCAGUGCUACUAGUUGCACUGUGAUGAUUGUUUGGGGACGAAAUAAGUGAUGCAGUGGUGGAAUCACCACUAGAAGUUCCAGAGUAGUUUUCCUAGCUUGGUGUCCUUCGGAUAAGUAGGAUUUUUCCUUCCAGCAUAUGCAACCAGCAUAGCCAAUGGUCAUGCUGUGGGUAGGUGGGUGGUUGGGGAAUCCGGGGAGUCAUAAGAAACCUAGGUUGAGGCACAGUCAAUUGGAUGAAGGUGAAACAGAAGAUCUAAACCAGAGAUGUCAAACUUGUGGUGUCACGUCGUCACGUGACGUAUCGUGACUUUUUCCCCCUUUGCUAAACUGGGGAUGGGCGUAGCCAGCGCAUGACCCAUCCAGCCCGUGGCCCGUGAGUUUGACACCCCUGAUCUAAAGCAAAGGUGGCAAACUACGGCCCCUUUAUGACUUGUGGAUUUCAACUCCCAGAAUUCCUGAGUCAGCAUGGCUAGCUCAGGAAUUCUGAGAGUUGAAGUCCACAAGCCAUAAAAGGGCCAUAGUUCCUCACCCCUGAUCUAAGGUAAAGCACAAAUUGCAGCAAUGCACACAAGCUGCUUUGGGAUAUGUAUGGAGAAGUUAUAUGGAAUCACAACAUUCUAGAAUUAAAUCAAACAUUUGCACAGUAUGAUUUUCAUACCCCUAACAAAAGUCUUGACUAUGUUAUUUUACAAAGAGAGAAUAUUUUUUAAAGAAGUCUUUGCAGAAGUGCCUAAAUUUUGUCACAUAAAACUUGAAACUUAAGUGACACUGCAGUCUAUAAUUGAAUCUAUGCCAAGUGAUUCAGCUUUCAGAUUUGCAAUCAGGUUACCAAAAAUCAUUUGUUAUAAAAUAACUUCUUCCCAGUUAAAUAAAUGGGGCUACAGAUUAUAUAAGAUUAUAUGAAAUUCUAUUUCAACUCAAAACUCAGUGCAGUCACUGUAAAAGCUAAUAAGUGACUCUAAUAUAGACAAUUUGGAAAAUAUAGAAAAGGAUAUAAAAAGAACCUCAUUUUAAUUCAUUGUUACUACUACCAUAUUUUUAAAAUAAAAUUUAAAAAGAUUACAACAAAGAGAAAGAAACUAGUUCUUUUAAUUGUUUAUUUAAAAGCUUACUUUAUGUCACAGAAAUGCAAAGUUAUGUUUAAUACAGCUGUAUUAAAUACAGAAUGUAUUAUAUACAGCUGUAUACUGAAUCAUAUACAGCACACAUAUGGGCAAAACAUAUUUUAAUAUUUACUUUUUCAAAACUGCAUUGAUUUUCAAAACAGUUAUACACAAAUUUGUUUGUUUGGAAGGUUGUACCAAAUACAUUACAUUUAAUGUUUUGUAUAUUGCACAUAUGUCACAUAAAUAUAUAGUUUUAAAAUUAAUGUUUCUAAACAAAAAAUUGUCUAAAAAUAUGCAUAAUUAUUGGAAACAUUUUCCCUUAUGAAAAUUAUAAAUGAUUGCAGUAUUUUAACUUAGGCUUUUCAGAUUGAUAUGGGUUUGGCAGCAUUGCCUAUUCUAAGAGACAGAUCUACUAAUUUAUUUUUAAUAACUUUAUUUUUCAGUAUUAAUUUUGUGUUUCAAAUGUCUAAUGUUGUUUAUAUUAACCAUAGUUUAAUCAUUUAAAGAGGAACACAUACCGUACACCCAAAAAUCUUAUAGAAAACAUGUUGUAAUCUUGCAUUUAUUUUCAUCUCAACUGUGAGAAAAAUGUAUGCAACUUUUGUUUUUACUUAUAAAUUUGUCAUUAUAACUUG